GAUAUCAGACACCGAACCGCCCGUCCUUUUGAAGCGCAGUUGCAUCGCUGACCAGAACCAAACAUCCCAUUGGGGAGUGUGUGGUCUACAAAACAGAGAACAACGCGUGGCUCAGUCGAGCGGCUCGGCCAUCAUGCAACGCCUGGCACAUCGGAGAGGAUGCCUGCUACUUCCUCGUCUUCGGCGUCACGUGAAAAUGAGACCAGGCACCUCGAUCCCGCUGCACACCCGGAAUUCGCAAUCACAGUGAACGCAAUGCAUGUUUGUGUUUUCGGAGCGUGGUGCAGAGGAUAAUGGUGGUUCCUGCACCACCUGUGUCAAUGCUGCUGCGGAGACAUGAUCGUCGUCUGCCAUCCGCUUUAUUCUCACAUGACCGUGCGCGUGGACUGGUGGCGGUGCUGGUGGUGUUGACUGCCGUACUAGCCGAGUCCCAGCUUUGCAGCGCAUUCGCGUCUACCCAGCAGGAGAGUUGUUUCAUUCAGCAUCGCACUGGAACUGCGGAGCGACUCAACCGUUUCUUGUCGAAUUCAGGACCUCAGCGUCUUUCCUGCUUCCGAUUCAGCACGACCAGCAGCAGCAGCAGCGCCGGACUAGUGACAGCCAGCCAGAGCGCUAGUAAGAGUACUGACCCUCCUGGAAGUGACUCGGAUGACGGUGCCGGCGCUGGCGCUUUGCCCGCCGACGGCAAUGGCACUUCGGACGGCUUCCAGUACCUGCUGGGAGUGCUGAUGCCGAUGCACAUUAGCACCUCGCUGAGCGAUCCCACUACCUGCACGGGCGCACGGCACGUGUUCAUGGUGGAGCUAGUGGAGGCGUUGAAGCUGGCGCUGAGUGAGAUAUUGGCCAGUAGUCCGGCAGUACAGCGCCUCGUAUCUGGCGUGGAGGUGCACGACUCGUGUGGCAUGCCAGAGGCAGCAGCUGAAGAGGCCAUUGAGUUGAGCAGGUACUCCAUACAAGUGGAAAGCACCUGUAGAGAUCGCCAAUAUGCGUCGGCCAUUGCGGCGAGUUCAAGCUGUGGCACCCUGGGCUCUCCCACGAACACCACCACCACCACCAAUGCUGUCCCAACAACUGAGGCGACGACAACAAGAACAUUAGCAGAGCCUCUAGAGGUUGAAAGACUCCUGGCUGUCAUUGGUCCAGUGCUCAGCAAGGAAGUGGAGGUAGCCACCACAGUACUAAACUCCUAUCAAAUACCGCAUUUCUCUUUCUGGUCGACGUCGGAUCACUUUGUCGACAAGGAUCAGUAUCCGUACUUUUUCAGAACGACGACGUCGGAUCGAUUUCAGGCCGCUGCUAUACUGGAUCUGUUGAAGCAUUUUGGCUGGACAUAUGUGUAUAUGUUGUAUGACGAGCCAGAUGGCUCACGUGACACACUCGCCGAUAGUCUGAGAUACUCCGCGCUGGUCGAGGACAACCAAGCAGUCUGCUUUGCCAUGGACAGGGCGUUCCGUUUCACUGACGCGGAAACAAUCAACGACAUUCUCCAGCAGUGGUUUGACGCGGCCAAUACAACGUCGACUUUGGAAUCGCCGCAUGUCGUCCUCCUGUUGGCCGGCUACCGGUACGCGGAGGCCAUCUUCAACGCCACGGAGAUGAAAGCCAGACAUGACCCGGCGUUUGCAGCCUGGCUGGCCACGGAACACUUUGUGUGGAUUGCCAGUGACUCUUGGAUCUCAGCGGCCGUCGAUAUCGUCCACAAGACGAAGAGAGCCGUUGCAAUGGGCAAUCACACAGUCAUAGGGCUCACGUUCCAAGUCCCGGAUAACAUCAGUUGUGCAGAGGGCUUUGAGGAUAGACUUUACGCCAAGCUGCAGAACACACACCCGACAGAGGACGCUAUUCUCAGUAACCCGUGGCUGGCAGUAGCCUGGCAGGAUCGUCACGCUUGCCGUCUUCCGUUCGUCCAGUGCACCGACAUCGACGCCGAGUGUCAGAAUCGCAAUGUUUGUAACGUGACAAUGUCGGUUGCAGAAGCAUUUGGCCUGGCACCAGACUCAUUCUGGAUACCAAUCACCACUGGUAGCUUGUGGAUGGCUGUCAAAUCAACAGUGUGGCUAAUCGAGGAUAUGAUCCAAGCGGCGAACGGCUCGACACUUGGCUUUGCAGACAAACAGUACGAGGCACUGACGACGGCCAUGCGUCAAGGCGCCUGGGACUGCAGCGGGGCUGUGGAUCAGCCGGAGCUGUGUCGCUUCUUCACCGACCAAGACCUCAGUCACAACCUGCGCGUGCUAGGCAUUGUCCCUGGCCCUGCUGUGGCGACAUGGCGUUUGGAACAUCUGGCCGAUUGGCAUGUUUCCUCUUUGCCAGUGAACCAGAGCACUGCUGGCUCUCUCCUAGUGUGGAGGGAGGCAGGUCUUCUGAGCAACAUUUGGAUGACUGCCACUAAGGAACCGCCAAUGUCAGCGUGUAGUAAACCUUGUCGCCCGGGUACCUUGCAAUAUGAACCUCCCGGCAUUGCUGAUGGACUGCAGCGUCCCAAGGUAUGCUGUUGGCUGUGUACCGAGUGUACGGGCAACACGUUUCGCAACGGAAGCAGUACGGACGGCCGCUGCACGCCAUGUGCAACCGGCUACUUUGCCGAUGAGAAUCACACGAGCUGCGUACUGUUCACAACGUUCUAUUACGACUUUGCCACUGCCCCGGGGGUCGCCGUGCUGGUCCUGUCCUUUCUGGGUGUCUGCGGUGCUGUGUUGCUGCUGGCUGCGUUCUGCUGGCAUCGGAAACGCCUUGCUAUCCAAGUAGCAGGAAUUGAGCUCAGUGUUGUGCUACUGCUGACCGCCAUAAUUGGCCUGUCUGCCAAUGUCUACCUGUUCUCUAAGCCGGGAACUAGGUCUUGCCCGGUUCACACAACGACCAUUGCCAACAACUUUGUUUUCUCCCUUCUGCUUCUAAAUUGCCGCUGCCUGCAUCACGUCUCUGUCUCCAACAAGGCUGGCGUCCCAGGCUUUGUAGUGCGCCUGGCGGCACUCCUAGCUUCGAACGCCACUCGGGAAAUCAUUGGUGUGUUUUCGAUAGCAACCAUCAUCACAGGAGUAUUCAUUGUCUAUGGCCGAGAAUUUCCCAUUGAGCCCACAGCCAUGCCGGUGUCCGAAACGAGAACUCUAAACCUGUACUGCCACCAGGAACCACUUGAUUCGAUUUCUGUGCCGUUCUUUGCAUUCUUUCUCCUGUCUUUCAUCUAUUUGGCGUUUGUCGUCCGCCGCUCUAAAAUAACCCGCACCCUGGGUAUGACGUGGCUGCCGAACGAGGCCACUCUGCUCGGCUUGACCGCAUUCAUGCUGACUAUAUUCUGGGCGGCUGUCCUGCCAAUUUCCUCGUUGGCGGUUGGCAUUGUCUUCCCGGUGGUGUCGGCUGCGGCCAUGCUCCUGCACCACUUUGCCAUCUUAGCCUGCUUGUUUGUACCGCGGAUACGUGCCGUGUCCAAGGGCAGCACACUAGCGGGUAAGCUGGCCAGUCGGCAUCAGCUGCGCGUGAUUCACGGCGUGUCCCGGCAGAACACAAUCUCCCUGACACAGUCGCGACAGAACAGCAUGCACAUGGUUUCUCUGCAGAACAGCGGCGGGGGCGGCUCGAGCGCGUCACCAUGGUCACCGUCUCCCAACGGCUCCAUCAGAGGUCCGCCCAUUGCCAGUGCUGCGCAGUCGAGAAAGACCAGCUUAGUUUCCAAUCAUCAUCCGACUCUGGCCGACACACAGCCUCUACCCGACCCCGCCGCUAUGGAACCCAUUUACUAUCACGCGGGUACGUCGCCCCUAGCAACUACUUCCACUGACCCAUUUGCCGAGUCACCUAUGCUGCCACCAUUAGAACCGGGCGAGACCGCAGUGUGAGCUUUUCACCGCGGUGUAAGCCGGCGUUUUGCACGGUUGAAGACUAUACACUGAGAGCCUUGACACAUGCUUGAUUGAUAUCCUAUGGUCAGCGAAGCAAAUCUACAUAUCAUAUAUUUAUUUAGUACUACUAUUUACAUGGACUGAAUAUUAGGAAUAUUUUACCCUGGAAGCUGGAGAACUUGAGAGAAGUGUUUUCAUAUAAUUGUUGUUUUUUUUGCAUUGCCUUGGCUUUCGAACGCAGACUGAGACGGCCUAUACAAUCUAUUCAACUAAUACUUUCAACACAGCCGCAGUCCAACCUUCGUAGGUAACUAAAAAUCUUGUUGAACCUCUCGGCGCAAAGUUUCCUAGAAAUCCUCCUGCUCCUAUUACAAAUUGAACCAACUCCAAAUAAUCAUGCGUGUCGUGAAGUACUGUAUCUUUCAGUCACUCUUUGA